AUGAAGCUGCUCAACCUCAUCAAUGUGGUGUCGUGGUGUGCUCUUAAUGCUCGAAUUGCCCAUGCCUUGUCCAACGUCACAUUCUACUCUGACGACCAAUGUACCGAAGUUAUCAGUGAAAAGAACGGUCCAGAUGAUGGAACAUGUACACCGUUUCCCACAAUUGCUCUCAGUUUUCUCAGCUUUAGAGUCACUAGCCUGGACCAAACAUGCGCAGUGACUGUCUAUGGCACUGAUCCUCCAUUCUGCAGUUCUGAUCUCAAGUUCAUCGCCCCUUUUUCAGAUUGCAUGACCAAUACAACCGUCAAUCAAUUCUCCGUCGAUUGUCAAGACUAUUCAGUUGCUACCGCAUCUGCCCCAGCCAUUGCUCCUACUGCAACUGCUGCGCCAUCGACGGACGAAGGCUUGUCUACGGGAGCCAAAGCGGGUAUUGGGAUUGGUGCAGCAGUUGGGGGAUUAGUGUUCAUUGCUCUCCUCGUGUUCUUCGUCAUGAGGAACAAUAAAAGGAAGAAACGAGAAAUGGAGGCAGGAAGAGUUGAGGCAGAUUCAAAACCCGCAGUUCCUCCUUACUCAACCGAGUUGCCCCCAGACGAGAAGAAAGUACCGGUAGAAUUGCCUCCUCAAGCGAUGAUUCCAGUCGAGGCGCCGGGAGAUCGACAUUGGCCCCCACCUCAAGAACUCGAAGGCGAUAGGACCGUUCAAUCAGAAAUGGAAGGAUCUCUCCCGACAUCAAAGGAGGAUGUCAAACAGGAUGUCAAAGCAGAGAACGAUUACGAUGUCAAGAAGACUCCGAACGCGGAUCCUUGA